GCAGGAGAAAACACGUGACAGAUGAGUCACAGCACCUAGCGCCUCAUGGAGGGACUGCCCCCACCAUGGCACAGCCUGCCAGCCCCCUGCUGUCCCCCUCCUUCCUCCAGGUCUGGGGCAGCAGGGCAAAGUGAGCUGAGAGCCACCCCAGGGCAUCUGGGUGCGUUGCUUCUGGCCCCUGGAGAGGGAUUGGUCCUGUUACGUGUCUCUUGUGGAGGGCGGAGAAUAUUGGUGCUUAACUGCUAGUAAUAGUGACCCCCAAGGAGAGCCCCCCUGCCUCCGGCAUAGUGCCCCAAGUGUCCCUUCCUGCCAUGCUGGAGCCAGCACUGACUGGGAGCGUUCCCCCCAGUGAGCCCCCUAGCUGCUCCCUGCAGUAUGGGGCUCCUGGCACCACCACACCGUGAUCACUGACUCGAGCUGGCCUCCUGAAUUCCCCUCCUGAAUCCACAGGGGUACUUUCUGCAGUCCCAUCCAAUCACAGUCCCCACUGCUCCCUGCUUAGCGUGGGGGGGGUCCCAGCACACAGGACUCCCAUGGCCUGGUCCCCUCUCACCAGCCCAGGAGACUCCCCCAUGGUGGGGGUACCCAGCAGUCUGGCCCGGUUUGGGCUGGUUUUGCUUGCAGUGGUGGCAGGAGAGGAGCUGCUGAUUGCUCCCUGAGGAAUGUGGGGAAUGCCUGGCCCCCCUUUGCUCUUUGCUCCCUUCACAGGGUCCAGUUAAUAAGUGAACUCUGGGACUGAGCAGGGGCUGGGUCUGCAGGGCCCCACACAAGGAACUCGCCAGCCCCCAGCACUGCGCCCAGGGCUGGGCACAAGACAGGAGGCUGUUGCGAAGGAGGAGGGGGGACUGGUGAACCACCGGGGGCUGUAUUAAUCUCAGUGGAAUAAAUGGGCCCAAAGAGACGCUGGUGUUACCGUGACCCAGUCACUGUCCAACAUUAACCAGCGUCAGCCACAUUGGGGUUUGAUAGCCAGGUCCUGAGCCGGGUUAGCGCCCGGCAGACAUAGCUGCCAAUCUUGUGAGCCCUGCACUGAGGAUAUGGAAAAGGAGGAAAAGCCAUCAGAGCCUUUGGAAUAGACGGGAGUGAAGCAGGCUCUCCUGGUAGCAGCAGUCCUGUCCCCUUUCCCUGGAGCUGGGGAGAGAAAACCUUUGUCUGACAGUCUGUUAGAUGGGUGGAAAGAUGGUGAGAUCUGUCCUGGGGUGGGGUUGGGAGCUGUUAAAAUCUCAUCCCCUUUCCUCAAGGACAAGCCAAGAUGAACAGGCACACGAGGGGAGACGCAGCAUCAGUCUCGGCACCUGGCCGUCCAGGCCUCUCUCCUCUGCAUCUUCCACCUGCUCCUGCUCCCAGCGCCCCCCAUCCGGGACCAGAACCGGAACUGGAACGAGCUGCUGGCCCGGAGCCUCUUUGCCUGUGGGGUCUCCACAGCGCUGCAGACCAGCCUGGGCAGCAGGUUGCCCUUGGUCCAAGCGCCGUCGUUCGAGUUCCUGAUCCCUGCCAUGGUGCUGAGCUGCCACACGCCCCACAUGGCCAGGAACGGUACAGAAGAGCCUGUUGAGUGUGCUGGGCAGGACUGUGCAGGCUCCGGGAGCUGGAAUCAGCCACUCAGAGAGGUCUCUGGAGCUGUGGUGGUCUCGGGGCUGGUGCAGCUGGUGCUGGGGGUGUCUGGCGUGGGGGGAUGGAUAGCCCAGCGCUGCGGGCCCAUGGUCCUGGCCCCCAGCCUCUCCAUCAUUGGGCUGUCCGCCUACAAAGAGGCAGCCCACUUCUGCUCGGACAGCUGGGGGGUGGCCCUGCUGCUCGUGCUCCUUGCCAUCCUGUUCUCCCAGCACUUGGGGUCCUGCCGCCUGCCCCUUUGCACGUGGACCCGGGCCAAGGGCAUCUCCGUGGAGACAAGCAUCUCAGCCUUGCGCAUGUUUUCGGUCCUGCUGCCGCUUUGCUGUGCCUGGAUUGUCUGGGGAAUCCUGAGCCACCUUCGCGUCCGCUGGGACCUGCUGGGCCCCGUCACGUGGCAGCUGCCCGCAGCCAACGGCACCCUCCGCUCUCCUUGGCUCCAAGUCCCCUACCCAGGUGAGCAGGAAUGGCCAUCCCUCAGCUCCCGGGCUCUGGGCGUGGGCAUUGCCAUGGGCAUCACCUCCAGCAUGAACUCCGUGGGCUGCUACCUGCUGUGCCCACGAGCACUGCGGGCCCCCGCCCUUCCUCGGCACGCCUGCAACCGCGGGCUCUGCAUGGAAGGGCUGGGCAGCCUCCUUUCGGGGGUGCUGGGGGGUGUGAGUGGCACAGCUUCCAGCGUCCCCAACGCUUGCACCAACAGCCUCACCCAGGCCAGCUCGCGCCACUCCGUGCAAGUGAGUGCGUUGGCAUGUGUGUUCCUGGGCCUGUCCCCCCGGCUGGCAGAGCUCCUCACCACCAUCCCUCUGGCGAUUCACGGCGGGGUGCUCUGCGUGACAUACACCGUUGCCGUUGGCACUGGGAUUUCGUAUUUCCAGUACGCGAACAUCGACUCGGGGAGGAACAUCUUUAUCGUCGGCUUCACCAUGUUCAUGGCGCUGCUGGUGCCGCGGUGGCUCAGUGCGACCCCCAGAUACGUGGCCACAGGCUGGGUCUGCCUGGAUCUUUUCCUCCUCUCUGUGCUGAUGGUUCCAGUCUUUUUAACUGGCCUCUUGUCCUUCUUCUUGGAGAACACGGUCUCAGGCACUCUGGAAGAGCGAGGGCUGCUCACUGAGCUGGCAGUGUGGAACCCAGGCCUGGGUGAGAAUGCUCCUCAGGGGUGCAGGAGCGAAGCCAGCCAGGUGUACGGGCUCCCCCCAGCCCUGAGAAGGCUGCUCCCUCCCUCCAGGUGUAAGGCCUUUCCAUUCUGCUUCCUCUGCCCGGGGAGGGAGGAGAGCCAUGCUUUGGAAGAGGGGUCAGCUCCCCUGGGGGAAGCCACAGGCCUGCUGCUGAAACCCAGCGCUGUGGAGGUGGAGCCGGACAAGAAAUGGAGAGAGACUGAGAGCCGCAAAUGGGACAAUGCUGUUUGAUGCUGGGAGCCCUGCUUGGAGGGAGCAGGGCUGGGAAAGCUUCCCAAGGAACCUGCUCUGCAUCCCUCCGAGGCAGGCACCGGAAGUGACGUGGGUUUCACCCAGUUACUUUGCUCCCUGCAUUUCAAGCUUGUACCAAUUGGAGGGUGCAAUUCCGUCCCACGCGCUGAGCACAGACCUUGUCCCUCCCCAGCUGGGCUGUAUAAAACGAUGCGACCACC